UCGAGACACCACAAUAAGAAAUAUUUAGAAUACUAGGGGGCCUUAUAUUUCUUCUCUUUAUAAAAAUGGAUUCCUUCCUCAUUCUUACUCCGUAAAACCCUAAUUACUUCUCCAAAAGCCAUCCGUCCUUCUUCACUGUGAUUGAGAUUGAGAAUAUUAUUGACAUUUGAAUUGAUUAUCGAGUAGAAAGAAGCAUCAUGUCGGACGAUGAAAGGGAUGAGAAAGAGUUGGAUCUUAGCUAUCCCGAAGUUGUUACUAAAUACAAGAGCGCUGCUGACAUUGUCAACAGAGCUUUGCAGCUAGUUAUAUCAGAAUGCAAGCCCAAAGCUAAAAUUGUUGAUGUUUGUGAGAAGGGAGAUUCUUUUAUCAACGAGAAUACUGCGAACAUGUACAAGAAUGUCAAAAAGAAGAUCGAGAGAGGUGUUGCCUUUCCAACUUGCAUAUCUGUCAACAGUGUCGUUUGCCAUUUUUCACCGCUUGCGAGUGAUGAGUCAGUGCUCGAAGAAGGUGAUAUGGUCAAAAUUGAUAUGGGUUGUCAUAUUGAUGGUUUCAUUGCUGCUGUUGCACACACUUAUGUUAUUCAAGAAGGGCCCAUAACUGGUCGGAAGGCAGAUGUUAUGGCUGCGGCAAACACUGCUGCUGAAGUUGCUCUGAGGCUUAUCAGGCCUGGGAAAAAGAACAAAGAUGUUACAGAAGCAAUCCAGAAAGUUGCUGCGGCCUAUGAUUGCAAAAUUGUUGAAGGUGUGCUUACUCACCAGAUGAAACAGUUUGUGAUUGAUGGAAACAAGGUUGUGUUGAGUGUGACAAAUCCUGAAACGAAAGUUGAUGAUGCUGAAUUUGAGGAGAAUGAAGUGUAUGCUGUUGAUAUAGUUGCAAGUACGGGUGAGGGAAAGCCUAGAAUGUUGGAUGAGAAGCAAACGACCAUUUACAAAAGAGCUGUGGAGAGGGCCUAUCACUUGAAGAUGAAAGCUUCAAGAUUUAUAUUCAGCGAGAUUAAUCAGAAAUUCCCGAUCAUGCCGUUUACAGCCAGGGCUUUGGAGGAAAAGAGGGCUCGCCUUGGUUUGGUAGAAUGUGUCAAUCACGAUCUUUUGCAACCAUAUCCGGUACUUCAUGAAAAGCCUGGUGAUUUAGUUGCGCAUAUUAAGUUCACUGUUCUUCUAAUGCCAAAUGGCUCGGACCGUGUAACAUCCCAGUCGUUGCAAGAGCUGCAGCCAACUAAAACAGUUGAUGAUCCUGAAAUCAAAGCUUGGUUAGCAUUGGGAACAAAGACAAAGAAGAAAGGUGGUGGGAAAAAGAAGAAAGGCAAGAAGAGUGACAGAGCCGAAACAGAAGAGUCAGCAGCCAUGGAUGCAAGCCCAAAUGGUGCUACAACUGAAAAUUAAUUAGACUUGAAAUAUGUGACAUGAAAUUUUGUUAUCUGUUGAUUCUCUUUUGUAUUUGGUUGUUGUGGGCAACUUGGAACAUCUAUUCAGAUGCUGAUGUUUUAAAUUUCAUGUUGCCUCGCUUAAUGUGUAAAUUUCUGGGUUUGAGCCCACAAAAAGAUUGUUCUUGAUACAGAGUAGGGGGGGG